AUGCCUGCGGCCAGAGGAGAGCUUCCGCCGCAUCAUAUCUCGGUGGGCUUGAUACUAGGGCUCAGUGUGCAGAGCAGGCUGUCACGUGCGCUCUUAAGGCCACUGAAGUCUCCUUCUCCCCCCACAAAUCCUUGUGCCCCUGUAGCCUGGCAUUCGGCCUGUGGAUGGUGCAUAGGCAGCAGAGCGGAAGAAACAUUUCUCGACGGCGUGCGAGCAGCUGCAACCCCCGCCAGCAACGGAAGUGGCGGCGUCAACGCGAGGGGCAGUCCUGGCAGCAGCAGCAACAACAACAAAACAGCCAACCCUCAUCCUCGCAGGGCCGUCCUAAUCUCAAAAGCGACUGGACGCAUCCCCCCCCCCGAUGUAGAGGCACCGUCGAAGGCAGCAGCAGCCUUCAAAGGCGAGAAGCCUUUCACGAAUUCUCAAGCCGGACGACGCCCUGCACCCCCCCCCCGUCUUGCCACUCAUCUCGAUGACGGCGAAGGGGGGGCUAUCGAGCACCGCAUAUUGCGUGGAUACGACGCCUCCAAGAGGCCUCGAAAGACACACGAGAUAGUUUCCGUCUAUGCGGAUGGCGCCUGCCCGCACAACGGCCGCCCAGGCGCCCUUGCUGGAAUUGGGAUCUCGUUUGGAGACGAUUUCAAGAGGAGUUUAGCGCUUCCUCUGAUUCACGGACCCCAGACAAACCAGAGGGCAGAACUCGCUUCCCUCCUUACAGCUCUUCUGGCCUUUCAAUAUUAUGAUGACUUGCAGGCGAGGGAGCACACGGGUGCAUGCAACGCUCUUGAGCAGAAACUGGUAGUUUAUUCGGAUAGCAGCUAUGCCGUGAAGUGUGUGGGGCCCUGGGGGGACCGCUGGCAGCACAACAACUGGAAGUGUGCUUCGGGGGCAGAUGUAAAGAAUGCGGACUUAGUUCAAGCAGUGCGGCUUCUCAUAGGAAAAAGAGAAGAGCAUUUCCCCCGGGGAGCUUGCUGGCGAGGGGCAGUCCACUUUGUGCCUGUGCGAGCUCACGCUGGUGUGAUCGGAAAUGAACUAGCAGACAGACUCGCCGUACAAGGCUCCCAGACUGUGUAUCCUAGGCGCUUUGGCACACCGAGCGAGGAAACACUUGGGGUGGAGGACGCCCCCUUCGUGCUGCAGGAGUAUGAAAAGCUCGUCUGCACGGCGCUUCGGCAUGCAGCCCAAACGAACGUGGACUUACCGCGAGGCGCCGAAGCCGAGUGA